UAAUCAGCCAUUUGCCUUCUGCGCUGCAACAUUCCUGCCUGGUACUGAUAAUAGCAGGUCUCUUAAAGUCCCUAUAGUUUCUGGAAACACCCCUGUUAAAAGGUCACAUCUCCCCCUAUCAGAGGUGUUCGGUCUUUGAGUACAAAGUCAGUACUUUUGAGUUAAAUUAAAACAUUUAAACAGAUGUGAACUACUGCAGACAAAGCAACAGGACAAACCUGAUCACAUAAAUGUCAUAUGGUGGUGUAAAGGACUUCAAGCUGAAAAAAACCCAGAAACCCAUGUUCCACCACCUAUGGAGCGACCCCUGUGAACUAGUUCAGGCUGCCAACUCGAGCUGCGCUGCUCCAAUCAUGUGACAUACAUCAUGUGACAUACAUCAUUCGACAUACCCCACUCUCCACAACCAUCUAUAAUACACACCCACCUUAUCGGGUGGUCUAUUUAAGCAGCAAGAAAACAGAGCACAGAGAGGAAAAAUCUGGACCUGGUAUCUUCUGGACCGGAUCCACUGAGUGACCAUGGCUGAGUACAAGCUACAGGUGUCAACAGGUGACAUGCCAAGUGCAGGAACACGGGAUCACGUUUCUGUCACUCUAAUUGGAAGUGACGGAGAGAGUGAGAAAACUGAUCUGGACAACUUUGGUAAAGACUUCUCUACCGGGAAAACCGGGACCUACACGGUGAAAACCAGUUCAUCUCUGGGGAAACUUCUGCUGGUCAAGGUGGAGAAGGAUCCCCGUCUCUUUUUCCCAGAAGACGAGUGGUACUGCUCCACCAUAGAGGUGACGACUCCAGAGGGAGACGCAAUUCUCUUCCCCUGUCACAGAUGGAUCUCCAGGGGAGAGUAUGUGGAGCUGAGAGGAGGGAGAGCCAUGAAGUUUCUUGAGGACGACCAUCCCCUGUUGAUUGAGCACCGGAAAGAAGAGCUGAUGUUUAAAAAGAGCUUGUACCAGUGGAAGCCUCUAGCUGAAGAACUACUCCACAUAAGCAGUUUUGAACAUCAGUGUGACCUACCAGCUGAAAUCCGCUUCUCUAAAGCCAAAUUGGAUGAAAUGCAAGACACAACCAAACGACUUUUUAUGAAAUUCAAAUCUGAGGGAAUGGUCGGAUCCACCGAAAAAUGGGAAAAUGUUGACGACAUGAAAAGACUCUUUAACUUCGAAAAGACACCAAUGUCAGAGUACGUUGCAGAGCACUGGAAGGAGGAUGACUUUUACGGAUCCCAGUUUCUGAACGGAAUCAACCCCACUUCGAUCAAGCGCUGCUCAGAGCUCCCCCCAAACUUUCCUGUCACAGAGGAGAUGGUGAAGCCGUUCCUGGCUAAGGGCAGCAGUCUGAUGAGUGAAAUUGGGAAAGGCAAUAUAUUCCUCUAUGACCAAAAGAAGCUGGAUGGAAUCCCCACUUAUCUCUACAAUGGAGAAUCUCUGACUGUGACUUCUGGUCUCUGUUUGUUCUACUUGAACCCAGAAAACAAACUGAUGCCAAUUGCAAUACAGCUGCAUCAACAGCCCUCAGAGAAGAAUCCCAUCUUUCUGCCCAGCGACCUGGAGACCGACUGGCUGCUGGCCAAGAUCUAUAUCAAAAACGCAGAUAUGCUGGAUCAUGAAGCCGUCCAUCACCUCAUGAAGACUCACUUCAUGGGAGAGGUGUACACUGUCGCCACUCUGCGCUGCUUCCCUGUGAUUCAUCCCCUCUACAAGCUGAUGUUUCCACACUUCAAGUCCACUCUCCACAUAAACAUUCAAGGCCGUGUCGAUCUAAUGGGACCUAAUGGGAUCUUUAAAAUAAGUACAGCUGGAAUUGAGGGGAUGACAGAGAUCAUGAGAAGGUCCCUCCUUGAAAUGACCUACAGCUCCGUCUGUCUGCCAGAGAACAUCGCUGCACGAGGAAUGGAGACAAUCCCCAACUACUACUACAGAGAUGAUGGAUUGAAGCUGUGGUACAUCAUCAACAGCUUUGUGAGGGCAGCAGUGGAGUACUACUAUCCCUCAGACGCUGACGUCUGUAAAGACACAGAGCUGCAGGAUUGGAUCCGUGAGAUAUUCACCCAGGGCCUCUUGAGCAACAAAGCCUCAGGAUUCCCAUCCUCCUUUCAUUCCAUUGAGGAAUUGAUAAGAUUCAUCACCAUGGUCAUCUUCACAGUGUCGGUUCAACACGCAGCAGUCAAUAGUGGACAGUUUGACUACUACUACUGGAUGCUGAAUGCCGCAUUGCUAUUGCACAAACCUCCUCCGACCACCAAGGGGCAGUCAAGCAUGGAGACAAUUAUGGAGACUAUCCCGAAUGUUGGAGAGACUGUCGCCAUAUCAGUGUUAAUAAAUCAACUUUCAGGCGACUACAGUAGUGUUAUUCCUUUGGGUCAAUAUCCUGAGAAAAGAUUUGAAGAGCCUGAGCUUACAGAGAUGAUUCAGGAGUUUCAAGCGGAGUUGUCAAAACUCGGUGAAGAAAUCGCAAAGAGAAACUCGCAGCUUGAAGUGUCCUAUGACUAUCUGCACCCUUCUCGCAUUGAGAACAGCGUGUCUAUUUGAGAAAGUCAGAGAGAUCAAUUCUGUAUCAUUAACCGAUUGUAUUUCAUCCUGGGAGGUGUUUUUGUUGUGGGUAGGUGUUGCAUGAUUUGAUCAAAUAUUUUUGUUAUGUGGGCCUGUGGUGUGGUUGUUCAGCAAUAACUUAAUUGAUGGACGUAGGAAAUAAUAGCUUAAACAUUACUCUGACCUUAUUAAACAAAAAGGCGAUAUAUAAUGUUACUUUUUACUCUUUUCUACCAUUGAGUUUUAGCUUUUUCCAUUCCUGUAAUGGACACGAUGGCAGAGAUGAAUUAGCUGUAAGAAAACACACUGAUGUUAUGUUUUGGGGAAAUACAUGAAUUCUUUGCUUAAACAAUAAAGAUAAAGAUGUACUGUGUAUAAUUACUUCCUGUCACCUGUAUUCAACUUCGAACCCAUUAAACUUAUAGUCGCUUGUAAUGGAAAAUUCCACUGAACAGGUGUCUCACUGCUGUGAUACUGUCUACCUGACAGGAUGGAACCCUUAUUUGGCGUUGUCUCACUGCUGUGACCUUGACAAACAGUGUUUAUGCCCUUAUUCGGUAAUGUUUUCUUCCAACUCCUACAGGGGACAGACACAGAUGAUGAUUUCAUGUCUUUUUUUCAUGUUAUAUUUUCUGAAGUGCCUCUAUGUAUAAGUACUGGCUUUUUUGGACUUUGGGGCAGUUCCACUUUGAGCACCCGUGCUUGUUGUGUAACCUCUGCAGAGCUUACUAUU